GUAGACUUCCGUCGCGAGUCCGACGUCAGGAAAGUCAUUGACACCACUAUUGAAGCCUACGGACAGUUAGACGUAUUGGUCAACUGCGCCGGGUAUAUGGUUAUGGCUAAUAUAAUGGACCCGGAUUAUAUUGAGAAGCAAAAGGGUAUGUUUGACGUGAAUCUCAAUGCAGUCGUACUGUUGACACAAUUAGCGGUCAAACAUUUGGCGAAAACUAAUGGCAAUAUAAUUAGUAUAUCGAGUGUUGGGGCCAUUAAACCGGGUAUAGGUAUCUCGCCGGUAAGUAUGUCAAAGUGUGCCAUUAAUAUGUUCACUAAAUGUAUGGCACUGGAGUUGGCACCCAAAAAGAUCCGGGUCAAUGCAGUAUGCCUUGGUGCAAUUCAUACGCCCAGUUUUGAGACAUUAAGUAAUAUGACCGGGGACGAACUCAAGGCAUUUAAGCAACGUUUGGCGGGGAAGUACCCGAUUGGUCGUAUCGGUGAACCAUCGGACGUGGCCAAUGCCGUAGUGCACCUGGCCAGUGAGCAUGCUACAUUUAUAACUGGCGCCUGUAUGUUGGUCGAUGGUGGUUACCUUAAUAGUGUUUGUUUGUAA